AUGUUGAGCGAAUCACAGUGGCCCGAGAGCAACCGGAAGAGGGGCCGGGAGGAUGAGCAUGAGGACAUCGCAAUCGGAGGCACCAUGGGCUUCACAGAGCACCGAAGUAAACGACUCCAAUCACUCCCACUGCGCAUGUCUCCCACGUCGAAAAGACGAUCCAUCCCUCCGAACUUCCCACCCCCCCAACCAAACAACAACCCUACACUGGUCCGACCACAUACGAUUACUCCGUCGGACUCAGACUCAGAAGACACAAACCAGGCCUCGUAUCGACAAGAUGCCCACUCUGAUCAGCCACAUGUUCACAAUGAGACAUGGUCAGCUUCGUCGUUUGCUAUGGAACCAGGACCUGCCAGUGGAGAUAUGGAUAUGACGGAUACGUGGGAACCCGAGCCGGCGCCGGGGCUCGCACCGAUAUACAACCCGGAUGGGGACCACUUGCGACCAGGACCGUCACAGCCCGAUCCCAUCUCGCCAAGCAUCAACGGUCGCAUGCCAACACCGAUCCACUGCAGUUUUGCAGCACAGGUCAGAGGCAACAACUGGGGAGGAGCGGCGGGUAACAUGAUGCUGGCGGCGGGUCCGAUGCAGCAGUCACAGUCGAACAGAAUCUCUCGGAGGGAAGCAUAUCACGGGGUCGGCAUGCUUGGCCACGAAUCUAUUCCGCGGUCACUUGACGGGCCGACAGCCACGGCAGCGGUCAUGGCCGACUGGACCCUGGUGCAGAACCGCCGCUUGCCCUCGCCUAUUAGUGAAAACGGGGGUGAAGACGGCAGCGAACACCUCGGGAGUCCUCCGGGCAUGAUCCUGGACUCGUCUAUGGGCCACAUCAACUGCCACGGCCAUCAGCACCCACUCCUCUCAUCCCUACCCCCACGCGCGAUUUCCGCCAUGGAAAUGGGAUCACCACUGGCAGCUAACGUGCCCCCACGGGUCGCGACGCCAAACGUUGUCUCGGAAGAUCCGUCGGGGAGUCCGAACGGUUCUGCUAUGGAAGUCGACCCAUCGGCUACCUCGUCUCCGAGGAAAGGCCACACUCGGUCACGUCAUACCGUCAACUCGUGGACGCUGCAGGCUGGCAUGAAGAAGUCGUUCAGUAUAGGAUACAGGGCGGACUGCGACAAAUGCCGUAUGAAGGUCCCGGGGCACUUCAACCACAUCAUUAUCUCCUAA